GUUAAGCCCUGGGUCUCAUAAACCAAACCAAACCGCCAGAAGCCGAGUUGAGAGAGUGAGAGGGGGAUACAGUGUGAAGAGAAGAUGGCGACCCAAGCCAUGGAUUGUGCUGUGAGAAGUCAUCCAUUAUCAAUUGGCUACGCUUCCAAAUCUCCCAAAUUUAGGGUUUCCACUGUCAGAUGCUCCUCUGCUUCUCUCUACAUGGACGGUGCUGCCCUUGGCUUGGGAGAAAGACCUUGGAAGGUAGCAGAUGCCAGACUUGUCCUGGAAGAUGGUUCUAUUUGGAGGGCGAAGUCAUUUGGUGCUUCAGGAACCCAAAUUGGUGAAUUGGUUUUCAAUACAUCUUUAACGGGGUAUCAGGAGAUUCUUACAGACCCUAGUUACGCUGGCCAGUUUGUCUUGAUGACAAACCCUCAUAUUGGCAAUACCGGUGUUAAUUUUGAUGAUGAAGAAUCAAGACAGUGCUUCCUCGGUGGUUUGGUAAUAAGAAGUUUAAGUAUCAGUACUUCAAAUUGGAGAAGCACAAAAACACUUGGUGAUUAUUUAGCAGAAAGGAACAUUAUGGGAAUAUAUGAUGUUGAUACACGUGCAAUUACCCGAAGAUUGAGACAAGAUGGAAGCCUUAUAGGUGUACUCAGCACAGACAAAGUUAAAUCAGAUGAGGAACUUGUAGAAAUGUCUCGUACUUGGGACAUUGUUGGUGUGGACUUAAUAAGUGGUGUCUCCUGCAAAGCCCCUUAUCAUUGGAGUGAUAAUACAGAUCCAGAGUGGGAUUUUAAUUCCAAGUGGAGAGAUGGAGAGACCUUCCAUGUCAUUGCAUAUGAUUUCGGUAUCAAGCAUAAUAUACUGAGGCGCUUGGCAUCCUAUGGAUGUAAAAUCACUGUUGUCCCUUCAACAUGGCCAUCGUCAGAGACUCUAAAGAUGAAACCAGAUGGAGUCAUAUUCAGCAAUGGCCCGGGAGAUCCAUCUGCUGUUCCAUAUGCAGUUGAAACAGUCAGGGAUAUAAUUGGAAAGGUUCCUGUUUUUGGAAUUUGCAUGGGGCAUCAGUUGCUUGGUCAGGCAUUGGGUGGUAAAACCUUUAAAAUGAAAUUUGGUCACCAUGGAGGAAAUCAUCCAGUCCGUAACCUUAGGAAAAACCGUGUUGAGAUAAGUGCUCAGAAUCAUAACUAUGCUGUUGACCCUGCAUCACUUCCCGAGGGUGUGGAAGUGACUCAUGUCAAUCUCAAUGAUGGAAGCUGUGCUGGUCUUGCGUUUCCUCAACUAAAACUCGUGUCUCUUCAGUACCACCCUGAAGCAUCUCCAGGACCUCAUGAUUCAGAUUCUGCUUUUGGGGAAUUUAUAUGGCUUAUGAAGCAAGAAAAACAAAAUGCAUGAGAAAAAUCUGCACCAACAUACAUGGUUUGAUGGGGGCUCAGUGGAAAUAGUUGCAAUGUUGGUAGUAGGAAUGUGACGAUGAUGAAGAAGGUGAUGAGGGAAACUUGUACUGAAAUUCAAAGCAACUGCAACACAUAAUGAGGUCAGUGGUGGAAGUUGCUUUUUGUUGUCAACAUUGGCUAAAGCAUGCCAAGAAAUUUUGUAAAAGAGUAAUAAUCCGUCAAGUUUGUUAGUUUCUAUGAAAUAGGUUCAAUAUAUAUAUAUAUAUAUAUGUUGGUCUAAUUUGCUACAUUAACCAGUCCUUGAAGGUAUGUAUUACGAUUGGACAAUAUAGUUUCUCCUAAGAACAGUCUUGAUGGUUAAAGAGCAUUCCUUCAUGUGUUCACAUUUGUUGAACUUUGAA